GUUUAGUCUUACAGUUAAAAUUCCAAGAAUCUUCAAUCAAAGAGAACUUGGGGGUGAAUCUACAAUCAUGUUUCAUCUGCUUCUUUCUUUUUUAUUUAUUCCUAAAACUGAAAGUUGUUACACUUUAAACUAAAAUAAAAAUAAAACCUUUUUGUCUUUUCCCCUUGGAAAAAAAGAAUCUUGAUUUGUUCCAAAUUUUUUUUCUCAACAAAUAUUUAUAGAUGCCAAUCAAUAAUCUAUUGCAGCUGAAUUUUUCUUAUUAUUGUCUUAUUCGUCAGUUCUGUUAAGCUCUUUCUGUAUGUUCUUUUCUUCGUACUUCUUUUGCCGGCAAAUGCUGCCACUCACUUUCUCUCCCCUUUGACAAAAAUAAAGAAAAAUAUAGCUGUAUAUAUAUAUAUAUAUAUAUAUAUACACACACACACUUGUGUGCAUAUAUUUGUUGGUGGGUUGUGGGUAUUUUUGUUGUAAUCUUGGUACCUUUUCUUUUUUUGGGCAAUGGCUACUAUGGAUGAGGAAACACCCCUUGUUGUUGAAAAUUUCAAGAAUGAGAACCCAAUUGUGAUUAAUCAUGAAAGAGAUGUUUAUAUUAUGAGUUGUGCUUUUUUGUUGAUUUUCUUGGCUUAUGGGGCUGCUCAGAAUCUUGAAAGCACUAUUAAUACGGAAGGAAAUUUGGGGACUAUUUCACUGGGGAUAUUGUAUUUGUCGUUUAUGUUCUGCUCAAUAUUUGCUUCACUGGUGGUUCGGAAGCUUGGAUCAAAGAAUGCUUUGAUUCUUGGAAGUACUGGCUAUUGGUUGUUUGUAGCAGCCAAUUUGAUGCCCAAUUGGUAUACCAUGGUCCCAGCUUCCUUAUACCUGGGUUUUGCUGCUUCUAUAAUAUGGGUUGGGCAGGGGACAUAUCUUACUUCCACGGCACGCAGUCAUGCAAAUGAUCAUAGCUUGAAUGAAGCAAUUAUAAUUGGCAAAUUCAAUGGUGUAUUCUAUGGAAUGUUUGCAAGUCAUCAGUUUGUGGGAAAUCUUUUCACUCUUGCUUUGAUGAGAGACAAAGAGGGAGGAAGCACUAGCGGCAAAACUGUACUUUUCUUAGUUUUUGUUUGUACAAUAACCCUUGGUGCCAUUCUAAUGUGCUUCUUAAGUAAGAGAACUGGUAAAGAGGAGGCAAGACAGCAAGACUCCUCUGCUAGUUCUGUUUCUUCUGUGGCAACUUUGCUCAAGUCUAUUAUUACCCUCUUACAAGACAUAAGAAUGCUCUUGAUCAUCCCUCUUAUUGCAUAUUCAGGCUUACAACAAGCAUUUGUAUGGGCUGAAUUCACAAAGUAUCUCGUUAAGCCUACAAUGGGAGAGAGUGGUGUUGGUGGUGCAAUGGCCGUAUAUGGGGUUUUUGAUGCAAUUUGUUCUCUGGUGACUGGGCAUUUUACCUUUGGUCUCUCAUCUAUCUCGAUAAUUGUCUCGGGUGGAGCUUUAGUUCAAGGUGCUGUAUUGGUAUGGAUUCUACUGACUCAAAGCGUGACUGGUGGAGUUCUCGGCACACUUUAUCCACUUUUCAUUGCAGCCUUGUGGGGAAUAGGUGAUGGAGUCUUGAAUACCCAGCUAAGUGCAUUGCUCGGGAUACUCUUCAAGGAUGAUCUGGAAGGAGCAUUUGCCCAACUUAAGCUUUGGCAGAGCUUUGCAAUUGCCAUAGUCUAUUUCCUCGGCCCCUACAUUUCGUUGCAGGCAAUGUUAGUGAUUAUGUUGGUUGCCCUUUGCUUAUCGGCUUUUGGGUUUCUUUUCUUAACUCUCAAGGUAGAAAAAGCAUUCUCAUAUCGAGCUGUCUAAGGUGAUGCCAACGGAACAUUUAGUGUUGUAUCGGCUAUGAUAUUGCCUAGUUCUGCUGUGUUCAUCUUGUAUUUAUAUUUGAACCUGCCUGGUGCAGUGUUUUCUGUUCAAUUGAGUUCUCAAGAAAUUCACUUCACAAUA